ACAUAUUUGGGAUAUUCUGCCUUUGGGUCGACAUCAUGCGGGUCACGGCGUUCUCAGGCGUUCUUGUUGGCGCUGCCAUGGUUGCCGGAGCCAUUGGAUACCCUCUCCUUGCUGAGCGUGCUUUGAUCACCGAGACUGUCUACAUCACCAAGUCGGUUACCAAUGCGGUUGUCUACAUUGAUGAGCACGGAUCCCCAAUCUAUACAUCAACCAUCGCCACUUUGGAUCCUGGAAUCGAGUCAACUGCCGUGGUUCCUUCGGUUGUGGUGGCUAGUUCUACUGCUGCUGUCAUUGAGCCUGCUCUUCCGGGACCUGUCUUGCCAACCCCAGCAUUCUCGCUCGAUGUUCAACCUACUUCCGCUUCGUUGUCUCAUGCGGCGGAGCGCCCUGCAGAGCAUACAACUGCACCAGCGUCUUCUCAGGCAACCUCCGUUGCAGUAGUCCCUUCUAGCUCUCAAGCUGCAUUCAAUUCGCAACCCUCUUCUGCGCCGGAGCAGGGCAAAUCGAGUGACAGUUUCCCGCUCGGUAUCACUUAUGAUACCUUCAAAGGGAGCCAGGGCUCUAUUGAGUGCAAGACUCCAGACGAAAUGGCUGCUGAGUUUGAGAAAAUGAAGGAGUUUGGCAUCGUCCGUAUCUAUGGCAACGACUGCGGUGUUAUUCCGGUGGCAGUCCAGCAGGCCCGGAAGAACAAUCAGAAGUUGAUGGCUGGAAUAUACACUCCCAAUCAGGAUAUUCAGGACGUCGUCAGUGCUUUGUCUGAUGCGGUUAGCCGUUACAAUGGCGGUGACUGGAGCAUUAUCAGCCUCGUGUCCGUUGAGAAUGAGCGGGUCAACGCACGUGUCGUCACAGUUGCGAAAGUACACGAUAUUUUCGACCAGGUCCGCAAUGCACUCUCCAAAGUUGGCUACUACGGUCCCAUCGGUCCUGUAGAGACUGUUCCGGCUAUCGUUAAUAGCCCGGAUCUAUGCGACAAGUCCGAUAUGACACUCGUCAAUAUUCAUGCCUUCUUCGAUCCCAACACGAAGGCAGAGGACGCCGGCACAUUCGUCAAGAGCGAAGUCCAGCGCGUUAAGAAUGCCUGCCCCAACAAGCGUGUCGUCGUUACAGAGUCCGGAUGGCCUUCGCAAGGCACGAGCCACGACAAGGCCGAAGUCUCCAAGAGCGCUCAAGCAGCCGCUAUCAAGUCCAUCAGGGCUUCGUUCGACCACGAUUUGUUUCUAUUCAACGCUUUUGAUUCCACUUGGAAGUCGGAUGAUGACUCCACCUUCAAUGCCGAGCGUUGGUGGGGUAUCCUAUAA